AUGCAAUCACGUUUGUUGGAUCCGCGCUCCCUUUGUUUUCAGAACUACGUCGCCCCCGAGGUGAUAAAGGGCCAGUAUCACCCGGCUCCGGCGGAUAUGUGGAGUCUUGGGGUCGUCACCUACGUCCUGAUGAGCCGCAUGCUACCGUUCGACGCCGACACCACGGAGGGAAUACAACGCAACAUCUUGUCUGGGAGGUUCGUCUUCAAAGGGGGUGCGUGGGCUGGGGCGAGCGAGGCUUCGAAGCACUUCGUGCGAUCCCUCCUGCUCAAGAGUGCCGACCUGCGCCUCACGGCGGCGGGGGCCCAGAAGCACGAUUGGCUUCGAGAGGCAGAGGACUUGUCUCAAACUCCGCGGAAGGACUCGACCUUUCGCGAGGAGGUCACGCGAUCGCUGCUCAGCUUUAGGGAAGCGAACCCGAUGAAGCAGCUAGCGCUCGAGGUAGUGGCGCGCACCCUGGACCCGACGCAGAUACGCCAGCUGGCCGAGGAGUUCGAUCGCGCCGACAACAACAACAAUGGCGAGGUGUCUCUUGCUGAGUUUAAGCGAUGGCUGGAGGCCAACGGUGCGGCCAGAGGCAUGGCCGACGAGGACGUGGAGGCGUCGUUUAACUCAGUGGACGUCGACCACUCCGGUUUCAUACACUUCAACGAGUUUCUCGCCGCGACGAUCCAGCAGCGGCACAUGGACGAACAGUCCCUGCGUCCGGCGUUCGAUCGCCUCGACCGCAGCCACACGGGCUUCAUUAACCUCGACGACGUUACCCUCACCACGGGGGCCGCGGCCAACGAGGAGGAGUCGAGAGUCCUCGUGGGGCACUUCGACAUGAACGGAGACGGACAAAUCAGCUUCGAGGAGUUCGUGAACGGCAUGCGAAGAAUGGGAGGCUCGUCACGAGACGGGGGGGGACUGCUGUCGAUACCCCCAGCUGCCACCCCCGCCCCCCCCGCCUCUGCCUCGGGCAGCCCGCGGGAAGAUGCCACGACCGUACCAGAGAGGGAACCGGCCUGA